AUGUCCCUCCGCCUCUCUUUCCCGACCGCCGUAGAUCCAAGGGCUCACCGGGAAGAAGAACUGACGCUGGCCCGCACAGCUUCGCAUCACCAACAACAGAGAAAUGCGAAGUCGGCCGCUCCAGAGACACCGGACGGCGCUGCCAUGAGCAGCGCUCCCCCCGCCACUGCCACCCAUAGCACGGGCCGGCGCCGUGUCGUUCUCCCGGAUCCCGUUGCCUUCAAGUUUCUAGAAGGCGACCCUUCGGUUGCCAUUGUCGAGCGCAGACAUGUCCUUCCCGGCUACGAGCUCUACUUGGUCGAACAGUGGGCGUGCUCACGCCAGUCGCCCACACUCGUUAUUGCCGCCUACACGGGCGACCCAGGGCACUCGGUGGUUGUUGGUGUGUUAGAGGUGCCCGCAGACGAGAGGGACUGGUCGCCGAGGCUGAGAGUUUACUUCCGGGCCAUCCACCAAUACCACGCGCGGCCGAAGGAAACAGAGAUCGGGGAACUCAUGGUCACCAACCUCAGCAGCUUCCCCUCAGCUCUGACUGUUAUCCCUGUGCCAGAAGGCGACAUACGGAAGCAUCGCCAGGAAUUCAUUGUUAACGAGAAUCUGAAGCGGCUGGGCUGCUCGGGGCGGUCCGGCCUCACAUUGACAGAUCCGACAUCGGCCACUCAAGCCAAGUUCAUGCAGAUGUACAAGACCAGCGACAGGAUACCCUUCAUCCAAGCCGUUCUCGAGCUUGUAAAGCUGUGCCAGGUGGCUCUCUUCCUAUUCGGAAAGCUUGAGCAGGAGUACAUGGACGGUCUCCUUUGCGACGUCACCGAGAAAGCCAUCAACGACUGGUGGACCGAGAUUGGCUCCGAUUAUUUCAACAUCGAGCCGACCGACGGCAUCCUAGGGCCAACCACAGUCGCUGCCUUGCUCGGUACCCUUUUGGGCUCAAGGAACCGGCUCAGCUACUGGGGGGCUCCGGUGUCCAAGGAUGUGUUCGAUAUUGAAUGCACGAAGAAGGGCGUCGGCACCUUCCAAAAGGCCAUGAGGCUAGAAAGGACGCGCCGCCUCGACCGGCAAACCCUGCACAGACUGCGCGGCGUGACGGCCAAAGCAGCGGCAGGUGACGGCGGAUGGGGUGUACAAAGGGCGGUCAAGUCCACAGUGGCCGAGAUAGGCGGAAAGCGCGGCGAGCUUGUCAUAGGUAUGGUAGGCGGCCGAGAUAAGGCCAACAUCGGGGACAUUGAAACUCUAGACCUCAACAAGGUUAUCAGUUUGGUCUCCGGAGAACGCCCGAAAUGGCUGUGGCAUGGAAAACCAAGAAGGGCCCUUUCGGAUCACGAGCAUGAUCACACCUUGUCAGCAUUCGGAAAGGAACUCAGAGACGAAAUUAGCCCCCAAGUGGGAAGCAGGAGGACACAAUCGGCACCAAUAGAGGAAGAGCCGGAACCCAGCAAGAAGGAAGACUCUCCCGCGCCCACUCCGCCGCAACCUACAAACUCAUUGCCCAUGGGGGCAGACACACUUGGUGGUGGCGAUCGAGACGCCCUGCGAAAGAAUGUCUUCAAAAGCGUCGCUGGGAAGGUGAACGACGCUCGUUCAGGGUUGGGACGCAUUAGAGACGCUGUCGGAGGCAGCCGGAGAGGGCACGUCAGCCGGCCUUCCAAGGACGAGGCCCCGGACUCGGCCAUGAGCGGGUACUCCAGCCCUAGUAUUUCAACGCUAGCCCAGUCAUCAGCCGUUAUGACGAGCCCGGUCACCGUGGGCAAGGCCUUUUCAUGGAAGGUCAGGCCGGAAGACUAUCUCCCUGCCAUAAGAGAUAAUGAAGCGGCGGAACCAGCCCCCGCGAUACCUACUUUAUGUGUAGACGAAACCGGUGAGAAGUUGGCCACCAAAGACUUUGCCCAACCUUACGGGACGCCCUUCCAAACGCUUGAAGAGAAGGAAAGGUUAGAGUACGCGCUCGCCGAAAUGGCCAAAGACGUCCGCAGCACCAAUGUCUCCGCUCCGGGUUCGGUUGUGGCCGAUGGAGACCUACAGGGACCCGUCCUCGCCAUUGAGCGGAGUUCUGACGGCCCGCUGCUGUCUCUGCAGCGCCGUCGCAGCGUUGACUGCCUCGCAUCCCUGAGCCACCGCCUCGGCGAGGCCCGAUACCCGCGGCGACUAUCAUUCAGCGCGGCCGAGGACGCCAUCCUCUACUGGGAAGACCUCGUUACCCUAGCCGAUACCCAGUCAGGCACCAUCGACCUGGCAAGCCUGCGCUCGCAGUCCGAACUGUCCUAUGGCCUCUACAAACGCCUACAACAAAUCCAAACGGGCCUGGCACCCUGGACGUCAGGGAAGCUCUCGGCGGUCACCGCACUCGACAAGACCCUCGAAGCCCAACAAACGGAGCUCCAGGCCCUGCACGACGCCAUGGAUGAGGCGUACCAGCGUGCCCGGCACGGUAGCGGUGAGCUUGUCGCCGAGGAGCGCGGGUGCCUGGCUGAGGCGGUCAAGGACGUUGAGAUGCUGGCUGCCAAGCUGGAGUACGAGAUCGGCGCGCUGGUGUCACGCGUGAACGAGGUCGAGGACGGGGUUGCGCACUUCGAGGCUCAAGUUGAGGAUGUCGAGCGCCGGGCGGACGAGUUAAGAGAGGUGCUCGAGACGGAGAGCUGGGUGCAUUGCUCAAGCAAGAUAGCGUCGGCGCAUCAGCGGAGAAGAGAUGCCAUGGUUACAGUCCAGCCCCAUCCGUGGUCUCACCGGACCUCUAGUUGCUCCCCCGUGUUCAGUCGGUUCUAUAAUACACGCCGUAGCCCAAACAAACCACCGACCCGGGCAUCGUCAUCGGUCCGCGAACCAGCCAUCUAG